AUGUGCAGUAGCGGCGGUACUGGAGGAAUGAAACGAAUCAGAUCUGCUUGCGUGAAAACAAGUUCUUCUAAAACCUGCUUCGUCAGUUUGUCGAGGGACCUUGCAGAGGCAAUAGGACUAAGAGUUCAGGUGUGUCUUCUAGCAGUUUUCUUAGUUUAUACACCAUGUGGUUCUUGGUCCGCGACUAAAAAUUAAGCUACAAUACAGCUCGUCACAAGUUUUGUCUUGAAUUUUCUCCAAAUUUCAUACAUUCACUAUUUAUACCUUUGUUCUCACUCAAAUGUGCCCCUCUCCUUCCCCAAUGUUGAGCCACGCGUAUUUUGGAGCACUGAGAUGACUGCAAUCCCAAAUCAACAUUGGGGAGGGGAAAAUUCAAGAUUUGUGACGAGUAUUGUAGUUGAUUAUCAUGAAUAGGCUGAUUUAGCAACAGAACGGGAACGUCAGUUGACGACUGCGCGCGCAAAUCAAACAACUGGCUUGACCAAUGGCAGAGGGGCAAAUUGGGCACCGGAAAUCGAGUUUAGUCCUUUCCGCGUGCUUUCCCGUCAUCAAAUGACGUUCCCGUUCUGUUGCUAAAUCAGCCUAAUAUCUUACCUGAAUCAAACUGUUAUGAGCUGAAAUACCCCCUGUUUCUCUUGAUAAUCGUAAAGUUGCAAGGUCCAAACUUAAGUAGUUUGCUUGCUAUCUCCAGUUGAGAACAUCGGCCACUCAUCUGACUGUGUGCACGCUAAAUGCUCGCUCUAUUGCGAAAAAACCGGAACUGUUUGUCGAAUAUAUCAACGAAUGCAAAGCUGACCUACGUGCAAUAACUGAAACCUGAUUGUCGGACAACAACUCUGCUGUUUGUUACGAGAUAAUUCCACCUAGGUACAAACUGUUCCACUGCCCUAGAAGUCAUCAUAGAGGCAGUGGUACGGCCCUUUUAUGGGGAUAACAUUAAUGUUUGCAAGCUUGAAUCGGGCUCAACGAAUUCCUUUGAAUUUUCUGAGUAUCUCGUCUGCACUGGCUCCUUACGCAUUCGACUUGUAAUUAUCUAUCAGCCACCGUAUUCUAUUAAUCAUCCUAUGACUGUCAACAGUUUUAUUGAUAAAUUUUCAAAAUACCUGGAAUCUGUUAUAUGUGACCUUUCACGCGAAAACGUACACUAACGGUUUUGUGUUAAACGGGCAAAAACCAACGGCUAACCAACGGGUAGCUAACGGUUUCUCCAACGGCUUUAACGGCUUUCUCAACGCUUUCAACGGGUGCGCAAAAACUUUCAACGGCUUGUAGCUUUUUCCAAACGGUUUGUGAUGAUUUUUCCAACGCCUUUUCAUAACGCUUUCAAAGGGUUGCCUAACGGCUUUAUUUUUUUCAACGGUUAAAGGUUUUUAACGGUUCUUCAUGAUUUCCAACCCUUUUCAACACUUUUAACGCUUUACAAUGCUCUUGUAUAAUUAUUUUCAACACUUCCCGACCAAGGAGCUGAACGGCUUUAAUUUAGGUAACCAGCAGAGGCCUCGUGAUAACAAAAUCUUCAGUGGCUAAGAGCUCAAACGUCUACAGCACUGCUAGAAAAUUCAAUCGUCCCAGGUCGAAACAAAAUUCGAACUUCACCUCUCGAUCAUCGCACCGUGUCAAUUUCACGGCUGUGAUUUGCAUACUGUGCAAAUCAGUAUUCAACGAUGUUUGGCGUUGACUUGGGAAAGGCCGAUCUGAAAUCAGAACAAAACGACACGAGUGGCCGAGGUGUGAGAGCUCGAAACAUCUACAGCUCAGCUAGACAAUUCCAACGCCUUGAGUCCAAACAAAAUCGAACUUAUAAUAUAAUUAUUCAUUUCAAUCGUCGCAGCGUGUCAAUUUCUCCGCUUACUCAAGCCUAUUUUAUCGAAGGGAAGUUUCAUUCACAAUUCACCAUAAAUUUUUACUGGUUUAUAUCACGCUCUUUCAAUCGUCAACACUGCUAUUCAGUUGUUUAUCUUGUCUGCAAAAGUAAACAUGUGCGCGAUAAAGUUGCAAAUUUUUCAACAAGUUGAGCCCUCAAAAAUUAGCGACGACGGGCUUUCAAGCGUUCUGCUUGAAACUUUGCAUAUUUCUGGCGUUACAUAGCCCCACAAUAACUCCAAUACGGAGAAAAAACACGGUUGAGGAAAUGUAACGCGGAAAAAUGGGCGAGCGAAGCGAGCCGAGCUAACUUCGCUCGCCGUUUUUGUCAUCGUGCAUUGAUUCGCACGGCUCCGAUGAUGCUUUGCGUCGAAACGUUAAUAGAAAUGUUCGAACGGUAUUUUGCAUCAUUGAAAUAGCAGAAGUCGUUAGUUCACUAGCGGAACUUGAAUACAAUCCAUGACUUUAUAUCUGUCAAAUCCACAGUAAAAGGAAGUUUGUGUAAAUAAAUGUUCGAUCGAUGGUGUAAACAAAGUCUCAAGGCGCUUAUCGUAGGAUUUGUUCUCUCGGCUUGUCUUUCGAAUUCAACUUCCAGAAAUUUUUUUUCGAUUGCCUGUUUGUGAAUGGUCAUCGGCAUUAUCGCAAAACUUCAGAAACCUCCAAGAGCUUCUGAGCUUUGAGAGCAAUAUAUAGUCUCGUGCAAUGCAAUCCGCUUUUGAAACAUCACAUAAUUUUCAUCACGGUAGUUGCAGUCACGUGCUAGGCAACGAAAAAGUUCACGUGUAUCAAGCUCCAUCGCGUACAAAAACACAAGCUUAAUGUUACGAGAGAUUAACUCAAACUUUAAAGAACUCGCUAUAUUUCCUAGUAGAAUAAAAGGCAUCGAUUCUCGAAAGUUUUCAAGGAUUGCGAACGCAAUUUCAGAGCCAAAGAUUGGUCAUGUUACGGUCAGACGACGUCGUGUUUGUUAUCGCUGAUAGACUGUUCACAGUCCUCUAUUUUUCCGUAAGAUCGUCGAGAUCGAGCGCUUUGCGUCUCGGGCUGCAUCUUGCAUGAGUGUCAAAACUACUUAGGGAGCAGGGGGCGGUUUGGGAGGAAGCGAGAAAAAUAGAGGGACUGUAAUAACAUCACUGCAGCUCGCGUUCAGGAGGCGUGACAGGAAUUUCACGCCUUUUACCAUUCAUUAAUUAAGAAACUCCGCUGGCGAUGAAAAACAUGCCAGACACAUUUAGCAUCGAUUACGCGUGUUUACAAAUACCUCCUUUUGAAACAGUGAUUUUAUAAUGUUUCUAGGCCAUUCCUACAAAUAAAAUCGGCAAACAGGCACAAGAGAAAUAUUUUCCUAAUCGAAUCGCUAAGCAUGCUCACUUGACCAUAGACUAAAAUGGUUAAAACGUCCCGAUAAAAAGCCAGGCAUUUCUGACAGGUCAUCUAUUUUGCGUCGGCGUUGUGUUAAAUUUCAGUUCGUUUGGCAGAAACUGUGUUACAACAUUCCCGCGGCCGGGCUGCUUCCAAAGCAUGUUGGCUUACGUGAUUCAUCCACAAAAUACCAAAAAUCGCUCGUGUGUUUUGCGCAAGUUGUACCUUACGGUAUGAAAGCGUGCGUUUUAUAGAAACGACGACUUGUCAAAGACUUGUCAGUGUCGGCAACUUAAACUAAACCCGUUGUCAACGCAAAUUAACAUCUAUUGUCUUAUGACCAAUCAAACGCCUGCGUUGCUGGUACAACGCGCUCCGUGAACGCAAACUGCAGUGAUGUUAUUACAGUCCCUCUAUUUUUCUCGCCCACCUCCCCCUAGAGCUAUAAUCCCCGACGCCCGCCCCCUCGGUACAUUUGAAAACCAAGAUGGCUGUCAUUAAAAGACGCGCUAUAUCUCAACGAUCUCACGAGAAAAUAGGGGACUGUGAACAGUCUAUACCGCUGAUGGCCGGCCAGAUAAGCCCAGAAUCGCAUAGACAUGAUGUUAUUUAUAUUCACCUCCCAUGAUUCAACAAUAAUUAGUAGCCAUUCAAAGACCCGAAGCGGUGAGCGGAGUUAGCUGUGCUGUAUAUUUUCUACGUUUCACUCAGCUAACAUAAUCAUAGCACCGUAUAAUUGACAGGUUUUGACAAACGGUUUUUGUGGCGCUGCUAGCGCUGCUUGAUGCUAGAACGGCUUUUCCUGCUAAGGAGCGUUGCGUGACGACACUAAAAACGGCUGUGUAGCAGACUACUUUUUCCCAACGCUUCCAACGGUUUAGAACACAUUUUUUCCAACGGCUUUUCUCAAGGCCUUCAACGGGUAGGGGAAAAAAACCCAACGGCUUUUUCUAACGCUUCCAACGCUUUGGAACAAAGUUUUCAACGGCUUUUCUCAACGCCUUCAACGGGUAAAGGAAAAAUCCCAACGGUUUUCUCAACGCCUCCAACGCUUUAGUAAACGUUUUCAACGGGUACCCAACGGGUACCCAACGGCUUCAGCCCUUUAACGGGAAACCGUUAGUGUACGUUUUCGCGUGAAAGGUCACAUAUUAUCUAAUGAUCUCCUCUGUCUAACGGGCAAUUUUAACGUCCAUGUUGAUGAUCACAAUGAUCCAGCUGCUUGUCGUUUCAAAGUUGGCCGUGUCUCAUUUAGGAAGCUGCGAUCAAUCGAUAAGGAUGCAUUUAUGGAUGAAAUUAUUCGUAAUAGCGAACUUUUCCAAAUUGAUACUGAUGAUCCUGAGGAGCUUGCUGCCUUAUUUGACAGUACAUUUUGUUCCCUGCUGGAUUGUCAUGCUCCUGUUAAGCAUAAGAAUACUACUAGUCAACCAUGUGUUCCAUGGAUGAAUGAUGAAAUUAAAUUGGCUAAACGACAAAGGAGGAAAACUGAAAAAAAAUGGAGAGCUUCUAAAGCACACAUCGAUUUACUGUCUUACCGUACUAUGAGAAAUCGUGUGUUGUUUCUGAGUAACAAGGUUCGUAGUGACUAUUAUACAAAGUUCAUAACUGAGAACAGCACAGACCAGAGGAGGUUAUUUAGAGCAAGCAAGUCCUUGUUAAAUUUAUCGAAAGGUUCUGGCCUUCCAUUAUCUACCAAUGAUUAUCAGUUGGCUAAUGAUUUGGAAAAUUCUUCACCCAAAAAAUUGCUGAUAUCAGGUCUGUUAAUACAAACCAGAUCUGCCUUCCGGCCUAUCAACGCAACUAGUACUGUGACUGCUUCCUGUUUUUCAGAAUUUAAUCCGUUGUCCGAAUCAGAGGUGUUUGAUCUAAUCACAGCUUCGUCUAAGAAGUCUUGUCCUCUUGAUCCUAUUCCAACCAAGCUUCUUAAUGAGUGCGUCAAUGUGCUAGCUACUGCCUCUGAUCACCAAAAUAAUUAAUCUUUCUCUUGAUUCUGGUUAUUUUCCGCACACCUGUAAGUGUGCUCUGGUGCGGCCGGUGCUGAAAAAGGAUGGAUUACCCCCUGUCUUCAGACCAGUGAGUAAUUUGGCAUUUAUCUCAAAGCUAUUUGAGACUUGUUGCCAAGCAACUACAACAUUAUUUAAAUUGUAACAAUCUGUGCCCGGUGUUCCAAUCAGCUUAUUGACAAAACCACAGCACAGAAACUGCACUGCUUAAGGUUAUGAAUGACAUUCUCUUGAACAUGAAUAAUCAGUGUGUUACUUUGCUAAUUCUGCAAGACUUGAAUGCUGCCUUUGAUACAAGUAUUAAUCACGACACCAUGCUCUGUCGACUUGAAUAGUCAUUUGGUAUACAGGGAAAAGCCCUCUCCUGGUUUGCAUCCUAUUUGUCUGGAAGAACUCAGCGGAUAAUGAUCAACGAGUCACUAUCUAAACCUUUUAAAUUAGAAUGCAGUGUGCCUCAAGGUUCCUAUCUUGGUCCACUAUUGUUCACGUUGUACACGAGUGAGCUUUUUGAGGUAAUUAAAUAUCAUCUGCCCGUGAUUCACUGUUACGCUGAUGAUUCACAAGUUUACAUCUCAUUUAGUCUGAACGACAGAGCUGAACAUCUUGCUGUGGUGAGGAAUAUGGAAGACUGCAUCACAGACAUUCAUUCUUGGGUGUUGAAUAAUGAUCUUAAAUUUAAUGACGACAAGACUGAAUUCCUCAUCAUUGGUUUCUCACAACAGCUGGAAAAGCUAGAUAAUAUCAGCAUACGUGUGGGUGACUCAGAUAUUCAUCCCAUGCCACUCGCGAGAAAUCUUGGUUGUUGGUUUGAUUCUAGGCUGUCCAUGGCAUCACACAUCACAAAACUCUGUGCCUCUUCAUUUUACUAUAUUUAUAAUAUUCGUCGGAUCAGAAAGUAUCUUUCACGGCAGUCAACUGAGAUACUUGUCAAUGCAUUCAUAACAAGUCGCCUUGACUAUUGCAAUGGUCUUAUGUAUGGACUACCAGACUGCGUGUUGAAUAAACUGUGACGAGUACAGAAUGCUUGCGCCAGACUGAUUUUUAGAGAACAGAAAUUUUGUCAUGUAACGCCUCUUAUUUAUGAAUUACACUGGUUACCGAUUAAAUAUAGAAUCGAGUUUAAAAUACUUUUAAUUACUUUUAAGAUUCUUAAUUUUUUAGCGCCUACUUAUUUAUUGUCUCUGAUUUCUCUUAGGCUCCCAUCUAAAUAUAAUCUAAGGAAUUCUAGUGAUAACCUUUUACUUAGUUAUCCGCGUUUUAAAUCUAAAGCGCACCGAAACUGGGGAAUGCGUUACCAUUUGACAUAAGAAGUGCCAGCUCAGUUAGUAUUUUUAAAGCCAAGCUAAAAACUCACCUUUUCCUGUAUGCAUUGUUAUCAUAGUUGUUUUUAUUAUUGUGAGUUUACUUUUAAUUGUAAUUUUAGCUUUUUAGCUUUUUUAUUUUGUUUUUAAUCUUGUCAUGCACAUUUGAACAUUUUAUGGAAUUUGCGCAUUAUAAAUGUUUUAUUAUUAUUAUUAUUAUUUUUACUGCUUGUAAUUUGAAAAAAACGCCGUGCUCAAGGGUCUUUGGUCUGCGAGCCGUGACUCAGGUAGGCAGCACAAAAAAGACAUGAGAAUGCGAUAGUUUCCACACGAAACGUAAUUGCCAUAAUUAAUUCUUCAUAUCCUACGAAAGCCGAAUUCAUUAAUUACUUUAUUAUUCAUUCAAAAUAAUUCCUAGGAUCGAUUAUAUAUUUUUUUAUAUUUCAUGUAUUUUUCUAUUCUUGAUGCAAUAAAGCUUAAGUUAUGUCGGAGGUUGUUGUGAGUAUAAAAUAUUGUGCUUUUCUUGCAAAGAACUCGGACGACAGUCUCCCACACGAGCGGUUUUCAGCGCGGUCGAGCAAUUACAGACAAGACGCUCACUGAGCGUAAACUUGGCCAUGAAGCCCUGGGGGAGGGGGGUGGGGGUACUUCUUUGAAUUCUUGGUGGGGGUGUGCCGCCUGGUUUUUCAAAUCCUGACCCGAUUUUAGACCAAAAAAUGUAAUUGUCUAUACCAGUUUUCAGACAAGACUUCUAAAAUCCAUACCCGUUUUCAGACCUGGCCUUUUGGCAGAAAUUAUGUUAACAUUACUUAGGUUAGAGCACAAACAAAAUAAUUAUUCAAAAUAAUUAUUCGCAUAUUUUUCUUUCUUUCUUACUCAUUUGGAGUUGAAAUGAUAAAUGCGGUUAUACACUACAUAGUUCCCUUGAAAACCAUACCUGAUUCCAGAUCAAAAUGGGCAAAGUUUAUACCCAUUUUCAGACCAAAAUGGUGCAAAAACCCUACCCGAUGGGGUGGCACAUAUACCUAUAUGGCUUAUAUAAAGGAGUAGCCCCACCCCCCCUGGAUGUGAGGAUUUUUUUUCUAUUUGUGUAAUAAGUCCUCAUCAUUUUUUCAGUUUUGCAAGGCAGUUUCUACAGAGGUAGUUGUUUUCGAUAGAUCUCAAAGCUGUCAAAAAUGAAUUUUCAAAAGACUCUGAUUUCGGCAAAAACGUCAAACUUAGUGGCAACUUACAAUAAACUGACGAAUAAGACAACUUCUUUUUCCUUUUGCUAUGUAAAGAACUGAUUUCUUUUUUGUGCUGCAACUUGUACAAAUUUAUUUUUAGCCUUGCUUAGUACUGCUUGAUUGUUGUGCAAAGAAAUGUCCUAUCACAGAGCAUAUUAGAAACUUAGCCAAUCAGAAAUGGAUAAAAAUUUUCCUGAAAACCUGCGUGUUUCGGGAACCGUUGCGCAGACGGACUACAUCGAGUUUUCUAUCUGGGUCUCUAGUGACAAGUCUGGCAGCAAUAAAGGGCUCUGUGACUGGAGACCUGUACUCUUUGGAGUUUUAAGUAAUUAGGUGUACCUUUGGAAAAUAUUCCGAGAGAAUAUAAUAAAAACCGCUAUUUUGUCCUUACAUUCUCUCUUCAGGUAUGCAUGUCUUCAUGGUAUCGUAUUUAUUGUUUAACCGACUCCUAAACUGUUUAGUGACAUUGUUUUUAUAAUUAAAAUGUUACAGGGUCAACCAUUUGCUCUUCAACUGCAGUGGGAAAGUUGCAGUGCUUUUACUAGCUGGUCUGGAGAAGUCAUUCACAGCAACAAGCAUGAUCUCUUGACUGGACCUCCUUCUAUUGUUCUACUUGGAAAAAAGUUUGCUGAUUCACUGGGACUGAAUGAGGAUCAACAGGUCAAUACAUGUGCCUAGUGAAGAAACCUUACCCUUUUUUAUCCUAGCGUUUAAUUUUUGGGACAGCUGUCCACCCAGGUUAUAGGGGGGGAGUUGUGCUCCCAAAUAAAGGUGACAUGGAUGCUCAUCAGAAAAUUGAAAGUAAACCUCUGUAAUCAAUGUGGGUGUGAUUCAAACUUAAAAGUGACCCUAAAGAAGACCGUACUAAAACAGAGGUCACGUCACGGUUAGUAAUGCCUGUAUGGGCAAAAAAUUAUUGUGACUUUCCAUCCCAAAUACCCUAAGUGAGACCAAAAUGUGAAAUUUACACUCUUAAGAAAGAUGGCAUGGAAUCCCUGUCACUUUUAUGUGGGAGACCUCCCUCCGGGAUGCACAGGAUGCCUUCUCUGUCCAAAUCAGAUAAUAAAGGUUGCCAACCAUAAAGGGAAGGAACUAUGUCACACAGCAGCAGAGUCUGUUCUGUUUAAUUUUAACAAUUACUUACCUUGAAAUGCAGCAUUCCCAAAGAAAAUUGCCCGGGGGGGCACUUGGGUAUUUUUUGGGUGGGUAUGUGCUGCCCGGGACUCCAAAUUGGCACCCCGUUCUAAAAAAAUUUCCCCUAAAAUUGAUACCCCGUUCUAGAAUUCGCCCUAAAACUGAUACCCCGUUCUAGAAAUGGGCCAAUUUUUUAUACUCCGUUCUAAGGUGCAAAGAGCACAACAGUUGGCUUGUUAACGCAUUAAACCGUAUUUUUAAAAGCAAUCUGUCCUUGAAUAGUUUCAAAUGGCUGCUUACAAAACUGGAGCUUUCGUGCGUUGGAAAUAUUAUACCCCGUUCUAGAAAACGCCUCUGAAAUGAAUACCCUGUUCUAAAUCAGGAGCUUCAAAAUCGCUACCCCGUUGGGCGGCACAUACCCGUAUAGGUAAUGUAUGGGCGUACCCCCCCACCCCCAGGGAAAAUUGUAAGUCUGUUAUUAAACCCUAUGGUGUGAACUUUUUUGUUUAUGUAAAAUUUUUUACAGACUGAAGUUUUCCCCAUGGGUAGUAUUCUUUAGUAAAGGAGUUAAUAAAGGAGAAUCUACCCUGACUAUUAGCUGCCUCCUCUGCUUGCUAAGUCACUCUCUCCCUAAAAUUCAUGUCAGGCUAACAAGAAUUCAGAAACUUAUGGUCAUUAUUGUGACCUGCUGAUGGUGUUUUUCUGUCUGGUUGAUGCCAUUCAAGGUCCUUGUUGAACCUGUUCUUAGCAUCCCAUCAUGCAACAGAAUCAGCGUAGAUCCGCUCAGCGCCAAUGACUGGGAGAUCUUGGUAAGUUGUUCUAGACAAAACCCGGAGGCUACUUGAAAACUGUGAACAUUAAUGAUUGUAUUAAUAACUUUCAAAGAAUAGACUGUGUGAAAAGGAGUCAUGCCUGAAAAAAAUUGGGGAUUAAUGGGUUUUUUUGUUUGUUUAAGGUACUUGGCAUACAGUCUCUCUCCUCUAUAGAGGCAUUUUUGUGUUGUAAUCUUAAGUUUUGGAAAUGGGCAAAAAGAAAGUGCAUGAAGGAUUGCCCACAGUACUCACUAUUAUUUAAUAUUGCUAUAUUUUUUAUUGCAAUACCCAUUGGGAGCCUCUGUGGAGGAGAGAGGUUUAUGUUAUGAUUAAAAAUUAUAUUCAUGUUAAAAUUUUUUAAUCUACAAUCCCUCGGUGACAAAAUGAGUUGUGACACUUCGCACUUCAAAAGGUAUAGCUUUGCAAGGUUGUGCCACUGUUCGAGCUACCUAAAGAAAACAACAAACAACCCAACUUUGAAUGGAGGGGAAAGGGGAGGAGUGUGGAUUCUUUUGUUCUGUGAAGUUAUCCUAUUUGAGUACAAUGUCUUAACAAUUUUGUUGCGGAUUGUAGGUUGAUUUUCCAUUGUCUUUUGUCUCCUAGCUGUCAGAUUAUUCAUGAAUGAGGGCUAAAAGACAAUGGAAAUUGAGAAUCAACCUGGGUUAAAAAUUUUAUCCUGUUAAUUUAAUUUUGACCUGUAACAUUAUAUACAGUGUACAUAGUAGUAAGUAAGAUGGCACAAGCUCCUCUAAUCAGAUUAAGUUUUAUUUGACAUCUUGAUUUGUUAGGAACUUCAUGCUGGAUAUAUUGAAAGCCAUCUUCUGAACCAAGUGCGUGUGGUGUUUCCUCAUCAGAAACUUCCAAUCUGGAUUCAAAACAAUACAUGUGUGGUUGUUCAAAUUGGUAAGUUAGAUCAAUGUUUGUGGAAGAUGGUAAAUGUUGGUCCGCAGUAAGUAAAAGUUUGAGAAAGUUUCAAUGAAAUUUUUGUUUAUGUGGUGCAGGGCGAACAUUAAUAAAAUCUGAAGAGUAUUCUCUAAAGUGUGUAGAAAGGAUUCCAUUCAGCAUAGUAAUUACAACAACAUCAUUUCUUUCAUGGAGCCACUCAAUCUGUUUUUCAGUGUGCUUUUAGUCCCCAACAUCAGAGCCCUUGGGCUUACAAAAAUCAAAACAAACAAAUAAUGCACUAGAUCAAUAGGUGCCCAUCUAAUGGAAAAAAGUCUCCUCUAACUGGAUUUAAAAAAAAAGAAAACAUAAAAAUAUUUGUCAAAAGCAUACUGAUUAAAAAUUAAGGUUUCAUUUCAAUGGUCACACCUCAUUUCCAAUCAAUUAUCAAACAAACAAAACUUUAUAUUUACACAUAUUACACCUAAAUACAGUUGCCCUGCAAAUUAUCAAAGAAACGCUAUUCAACGCAGGGAAAAGUAAUCGUAUUGAAAACCAUGAAAAUUAGUCAAGUGAACAUAACAUUACAGAAGCUGAACUGUAUAGUUACAAUCUUCCUUCUUCUCUUUUCCCCCUUUUAAAAAGGGGACAAUAAUUAUAGCUCCAGUGACAACCAAGGAACAGGCAUCAGUUGUGUUCUUCUAAUAUUAGUACUUACAAUCCUCUAACCUAUUCCAAUCCUUUCCCUACAGUUGAUUUGGAACCUUGUACCAACUGUGUGAGGCUGGAUGAGUUUACAGAAGUUGUUGUAUCACCAAAGACAAGAGAUACAAAAAAUGCCAAACAAGGUCCUGUUUCUGCCUCUCAAUUCACCUCACAGACAAUCAGUCAAACCUCUGGGAUUCCAGACUCUGCACAACAGCUUGCAGAGACAAGUGGUCGUAGUGUUGUAGAUACAGAAGAACAGUCUAGAGUCAUUGACACUGGCCUUUUGUUCAGAUUUUCUAGUUACUUUCACACACUAUUUUAUGCUCAUGGUAACAAAUCUGUUACAAAUGAAACUCAGACAUUACAAUCCUUGCACGGCAGUGAACCUCAGUUAGCUGGUACAUCUAAUGACAGCAAUGCAAUAAGAACUUUUGCAUCCACUUCUCAACUUGACAAAGAUGUUUUGGGAGAAACUGACUUUGAUAUGUUGUUACGAGUACAACCAGAACUUUCAAUGGCCAGGAACAUUUCAAAAUCAAAAUACUCAUUUCAGCCAUCAGCAGUGUUUGUUGACUUUGCAUCAUUACCACCAGAAGUUCUGAAGUCAUGGACCUGUAAUCUGGACUUCUUUCCACCAGCCGAUGGAACAGUUGUAAAAACAGUGCAAAUAACUAAAUUACUGUCACCAAAAGAAAGGGCUUCAAGCACUGCAGCUACAGUUAACAGAGUACCAAACAGUCGGGAAAACACUGAUUCAAUAACACAGGAAACUGGUGUAACUGAUGAAGCUGAAUCUUUAAGCAGAGCAAGUCAAGGUAUCAAAAGAAGGAUUUUUUUACAAAUCGUGUGUGAAUGUUUGUUCAUCCAGUGCUGGGUAACUAACCACCUACCCCUCCCCUAAGUCACAAUUUUGCCCUAAGCAAGAAGUAUAUAGCAUUAAUGUUGACUUGGGGGGAGGGAGGAAGUCAGUUUUCCAGAAACUUCAAUUAAUCCAAUCCCCAAUCUCUUUGACCAUCACAUGAGUUUUAAGGUCUAUUCUUGAUAUCAAGCUGACCAAGCUACUGCAUGCUGUAAGACUUCGGUUGGAACUAGCAGUAGGAGUGCCCUGUGGUGUGGGAGUGCCAUAUCCCCGUAAAAGCCCAGGUAACAAGAGUGAUGAGUUUUAAAUUUGUUAAUUCUCACAGAUACACAACCUUCUCACUGGAUUGUAAACAUGGUGAUGACAAGCAGCAGCAGUAGUACCCUUAACGAUAUCACUAAACAUGGCUCUCAUAAACUGGGUGUGGCAAGUCAUGUAUUACCGCACCACAUUGUUAUGUCCAAUGAGCUACGACAUCUACUUGAUACAAAGGAUCUGUCGUUAGUUAAAGUUCAGAGUGUCUUGUAUGGGCCUUCAGUCAUCAAAGGGAUUAUAUUACAUCCCUUUGGAGAUAAUACACAAGAGGUAUAUAUUUAAAUAUAAGUCAUAUUAUUUUUAUCAAGAAUUGAUUUUAGGAAAGCUUUUUUGAAGGUGGCCAUCGCAACCAAUAGAAUGUUAACCACUAAUGGCACCAGGAAAAAUAACUUUAAUUAAUUAUUACAAUGAAAAUUCAGACUGUAUACAGUCCGAUUGGCAUUGUACUAGUAAUAAAGCAAUAUAGGGCAUGGUAAAUGUAACAAAGUGGCCCUAGGAAAAAAUAAAAUACCUACAAUAUUCACUGUGACUAUGAGGUAUUUAACGAUGGAAAAGCAGGAAUAAAAAUGGAUUGGAUAUCAGACGACCAAGGGAAGACAAGAAAGAAGGGAUUGCUCAGGAAUCGGUUACUGGUACGUGUAUUUGGAAGAUUAAGCCGACCAGAAGAACAGUAAAGUUAUCAAGUGAAGAUAGUGUGUAAUUUUGCAGCAUAAUACAUGUAUGUUGAGAGUACGGAAAGUAAAGAGAAUUACCCUUUCCUUCUGGUCAGUGUAAGAAAUAGUAAAAACUUGCUAACCUGCAAACAAGAAAAGUCUGCUUGCUUGUGUAUUGUUCACUUUAACAAAAACAUGUUUAGAGCCUUCUGUUCACCUACUGUAUAUCAUUUCAGGACAUCCCAUCCUCAAGUGUGUUAUUAGAUGCUUUUCACAAGUGGAUAUGUUCUGUGUGUAGCAGAGACACACCCUUGUUACUUUGCAGUGGAAUGCUGUUGACCUGUGAUAUUCCUCAAGGUAGGCUGCCUGCAUUCCAGAUAUGCGCUGAUAAUUAAAAAAAUGAAUAAAUGAUGUCUUUGUCUCUACUUUCAUCCAGCAAGAGUAGUUGGAAAUAAAGGAACCUCAUACAUUCUGCAGCAACUGAAUUCACUUCAUCACUAAAAGUAAAAGUAGCACUCUGACAUGCAUUGUUCAGUUAUAAGUCUUAUAACUGAACAAUGCACGUCAGAGUGCUACUUUCACUCUUAUUUACUACUUGAAUGAAAACAAAAAAGAAAGAAAGAAAGAAGAAAAAAGAAAGAGCUAUAUUCUUGGACCUUGAUGCUGAUUAUUUUAAGAUAUGACAUAUAGUUUUUGGGGACCAGAAAAAGUAGUCAACUGAGAUAACUGAAAGUGUGGUGAAGUGAAAUUGAGAUAAUGAAGUUUGACUUUUAUUACUUGUUGUUUUCAUUUGUUACGAUAAUUAAUCUUCAAUUAUGUGAUUUUAUUUUGCAGUAGGUCAUUCUGUUCAGUUUGUUGUGACGGUACUAAAAAGCCACGAUGAACAAACCUCCAGCUCAGCAGACAGACUUUCAUAUUAUCAACUUACUCCUGAAACUCUUAACAGUGUAACAGUUGUCACUGGAACUCCUUCAAAUUCAUUGAACAAUCCCUCUCCAGUGAUAAGUCCUCUUGAAAGCAGGGCACAAAAUCUUAAGCAUAGUAUAGCAGAUCUGGGGUAAGAAGUUGUAAUCAAGUUAUUUUAUGUACCAUAGUGAUACAAUGCUAGUAAAGCAGGGCUUGAGGACAUGAUAUAUAUAAAAGCUUGCAUACAUUCAAAGCAGUUGGUCAAUUUAAUUAUAUGCGAUAAUGAUUUACAGGUGUAGUUUAAAGAUAGAGUUUCUCAAGGAUUAAAUAUUCAACGAAUUGUUGCCCUUCCUUAUUUUGUGCUUAACCUGUACAUCAGUAACUCUACACUGCAUAUUUAUAGCCAAUAACCAUUUUAUUUUGUAUCAUUUUUUUCUAUUUGUUUAUCCAGACACAGUAAGUCACCCCUCCCUCACCCCACUUCCAGCAUUUUAUGGGUCAGGCGAGGUUCUAUUAAUUUGCCUUAGGGAACUAUGGUGUUCCCAAAAUGACCUCAUUUCCUUCAUGACACAACAUCACAAGUGUAAGAUCAGAAGAGUAAAAAUUUGUAUUUAUACAUUUCUUUUUUUAACAGUGGAGUGACAGAGUGCUUUCACAAGUGCCUAGAUCAUGCUUUGGCUGCCUUAAAACAGAGGCCUGUAGCAAAUCACCUUGGUGGGAACAUUAUCACAGGAUUACGUUGCGGGGCUUUGUUAAUUUUUGGCAGUGGUGCAGGAGCUGGGGUUGGCUGCGGCAAAACAGCCCUUGCCCACGCAGUGUGCCAUCAACUUAAUCAAUGGCCUGUCUGUGCUUAUAUCACUGUUGUGGACUGUAUUCCAUUCAGAGGUUUGUGUAAAUCAUUUUUAUGAAUGAUGUUUUGAAACCUUAAACUACUUUAAAGGACUUCAUAAUAAAGUGUUAUUUUCAAGGCAUGUGCAACAAUACUACAUGGUCACAUAACAUAAACUGUUUACAGGUAGCCAUAUGACUCCUGAAGGGUCAUGAGGUUAUCCCUAUUAUUAAGAUCUCCUUUCAGAUAACCCAUCUAGUAUAUAGCCCAGGAAGGUUGGCUACACCACUGGAAUCUAUGUCCCCUACUCUUUAUGAACAGUGGUGUGGGGUCUUUUCAGUUGUCUUUUACAUCUCACAAGAACCAGAUUAGUGAAAGUGCUGUGAGAUGGGAUGGUCUACAGUGUAUGGUUUUUGGUCCUUGUCUGAGAAGACUAGAAAGUAUAACUGUUUGCAGAUCUAUGUUAUUACAAAGGCAGUACUUUCUUCUCAGUUCUUUAAUUAAAGACCCCGAGUUUUGGUCCAGCUGGGGUUUGAAUCUGCCACAUCACACUAAGCAGACCAACACUCUCCCAACUGAGCUAACCAGGCAGCAGUGGUGGCAUUUACUGUUUUACUCGCAGGCUUAUUGGUAGUCCUAAAGUGGCAAAGAGAAUGAUAGAUUACAGGGAGUGUUCAGUGAUUGGAUUGUAUUUUUCUUGCAGGAAAAAGAGUUGAAUCAAUUCAGAAGCAGUUGCAACAGGUGUUUGUCGAGGCUGCUUGGCAUCAACCUUCUGUUAUUCUGUUUGAUGAUUUGGAUCAACUUGUGUCAGCUCCCAGUGCCCUGCAAGAAAUGGGUGGAGAAGCUCUGUACAAGCGUCGACUUGCUCAAGGUGAGAGCUGAUAAUAAGUAUUGACUGUCUAUUACACACUGUUCUCACCCAUCUACAUUGGACCUAUUCAUGUUUCAUGUUUUUGCAUCAGUUAUUCAAGGAUUUAAAAUAAUUAUGUGUGCACUUAGUUUGUUAUUUAAUGCAUUACAUUUUUGGGGGGCCGUUUUCCUACUCUUAUGCUUUGUCAGUAACUGUACUCACAUUGUGGAUGGCUCCUCCUAAAAUGUUCUACAAUAUUAGUAUUGGAUUUAAUGAAGCCAAAACAAAUUGUAGAAUUGCACAGGUUUUGGGCAUCCUACUGUGGAACAGUUGUGACUUUUUUGAGCAAAAAAAAUUUGCCAUCUGUCCUAGCCUCUUUGAAGAAAUUGUUUAGGUUGAUUAGCAAGGUAUGUCAGUUAGAAAUCUACAUCAUUUCAUUAUUAAAUUUGUUUAAACCAUGUAAUGUCCAUGAAGAUUUCUCCAUGGGUCUGUUGACCUUUUCAUGUACUAAGCAUAAAUGAUUUUUUCUUCUUUCAUUCACCAGUAAUCAAAGAUCUGGUCAACGCAGAAAUUGACCACAAUAGCAGGGUGGUUGUCAUAGCAACCAGCAAAUCCCAUGACUCAUUGCAUCCUUCACUACUGACAUCAAGAGGGUGUCACAUAUUUCAAUGCUGUGUAGAGCUGCAUCCACCAGAUGCAAAUCAGAGACAAGAAAUCCUGCAUGCAAUGAUAAACAAGCGAUUUCCUCAGGAAGACUCUCAGGAACUUGAAUUCAGGUAUAAAUAUGAAUUUCUAAACUUAUCACGUGCUUUCACUUUAUAGCUAUAGAGUCUCGAAGACCAUCCUCUAAGCUUUUUGUUUUGAGAAAGACACUGAAUUUUAAAUUUUGGGUUUUUGUUGAGCUGUUAAUACUCCUUGUUCCCUGCCUUUUUAAAUGAAUCACACUGCUAUAAUUAUGGAUCAAAGAUUUAAGACCUCUGUUUAUUCAUUUACCGUUUUUCUGACCUUAGUUCUACCUCCACUGUCUUGACCUUUCCUUAAUGCAUUUAUUUUGCCAUAUCAUAAACUGCUGCUUACAAGGCCCCCACCCCGCUUAUAACUCCCAUCCAUUUAUAUAGGCCCAUCUACGUAUAAGCAAAAAAAAAAUACCUCUGAUUUUAAGCCCCCUGGGAUAUAAGCCCCCUAAAACCCCUUUCAAAAAUGUGUAAGCCCAGGGCUUAUAAGAAGCUACAAUCGGCGACAAAAUUAGUUGAGACACCUCCGGAAAAAAGACAUCUCAUGAGCAUGGUUUUAUUUGUUCUUUUUUAAAAAAGGUGUGAAAUACCUUUCAAUGGUCCCCCCUCCCCACUCCCCCUAUUCAGUGUUGUACCGCUGGCCUUAAGGUUUGUGGGCACUUGGAGAUGACCCAACAAUGUCAAGGGGGGAGGGGUCGGGGGGCCCUUUCUCAGGGUAGCUCAAAACACCUCUUUUUAGGAAAGUGUCUCAACAAUUUUGUCGCCGAUUGUAGCCUGUUCCAGGUUUUCAGAUAGUAAAGCACGGGCGAAAAAUUGACAAGGAAAAAAAAAAUAUAGGAGCCCCAGUCUCUCCUUGUUUUCCCUGCGUACAAUUUAACUCGCUUCCCAUCAUCUGAACUCAGUGCUCCACUACCUAAAUGCCUGGAACAGGCUAAUAAGCAGCAGUUUAUAGCAUACUCUGGCAACCAGAUCAUCAUCAUACACAGUACUAGUAUUAUCUUAGUGUCGACAUAAUAUUUUGUGUGCUCAAUUCAGUUCACUGGUGAAGAAAACAGAAGGAUUUUCACCCAAAGAUUUGGGAUCUCUACUUGACCGUGCUUUUCACAAGGCAGCAAUCAGGAAGUUAAAAAAUUCAAAAGGUGAAUUGAAAUAAAAAAACGUAACAUGAAAGGGAAGGCUAAGUGCAGUAGAUUGAUCUCAGUUAACAGACACCCCAUGUGUAUUAAGCAGACAAGCUUAUUCUCAGCUACAUACAAACACUUUUUAACCUCCCUUAAUUAAGCGGCACUAUACCCCCCUGUAAGUGGCUGCUUUUUCCGGUCCUAAGGUUUCCCUCUUUCAAGAGGUUCAAUAAAAUGUAGUAAAUACACUGUAGAGGAGAGUAACAUAUAUUUUAUGCAUUUGAACGAAGAAAAGACUAUUAAAAACAGCUCUAUAUCCUGUGAACUAUUUUCUCUGUAUCCACAGAAGGAGGUUUCGGCCCAACUAUUACAGCACAGGACUUAAAGGAAGCUGUUGAAGGAUUCACACCUGCAGCAUUGAGAGGAGUCAAGUUACACACUACAGGAGAGUUAGGUUGGUGUGAUGUGGGUGGACUGUCUGCAGUUAAAGGGACUCUGAUGGAAACACUUCUGUGGCCGACAAAGGUACACACUGAUUAUAAGGUGCAUUGAAUGGUAAUUGGUUAAGUCACCCUAAAGCCAUUUCACCCAAAGUCACCUGGCCUGUUUCCUAAGGCAGGCCUAAAAUGUCGUUAUUUGAAGUACCAAUAGAAUUAGACAUUGAUAAGUCUAAGUUAGAAGAUGUUGUAACAGUUAUUUGGACUUACCUGUAACUCUCGGACAAACAAAUAAUUAAUACACAGGUAAAACUUGCAGCUUUAACGAGUUAUUAUAAAGAACUGCCCACAUGCCAUUUGCAGAGUGCUCUUCCUAUACAUCGUUGUACUUUAUUAGGUAGUGCAUUUCUGUGCACAAUAAUCGUGUACAAUUGCAACAUUACAAAUCAGUCUGUUUUAUUUUUCAUCAGUACUCCUGGCUCUUCAAUAAAUGCCCUUUACGCAUGAGGUCAGGUCUUCUCCUUUACGGACCUCCUGGUACUGGGAAGACUAUGUUAGCUGGUGUGGUUGCUAAGGAAUGUGGGCUCAACUUCAUCAGCAUUAAAGGACCAGAAUUGCUUAGUAAAUACAUUGGAGCCAGUGAACAGGCAGUCAGAGAUAUGUUUACCAGGUAAUUAAGAAGUUAUAUUAAAAAAAAUUGGACCAAUAUUUUCAAGUUGCUAUUUCGUUUCCAUCCUGGCCAUGGAAAGCCAAAGACGUGCGCUCAUGGUUGAGGUUAUAGUCCUUAGAAGAACAAUUUCAAAUAAAACUGAACCAUUAUUGAAGGGUUCUCUCUGAUUCCAAGUGUGUUUUAAGGGUUUUAAAUGAAUACCAAACAGUCGUGAAAUACAAUGUAGCUCCUUUUAGGACAAAGAAAUUUGCGCGACUUAAUGCGUUGUUUAGUGAUAUAAAGACUAGUUACAAUAUUUUUCAAAGCUCAGUUCUACUUCUCAAAAUCCACGAUGCUUCCUAUAAUACAGACAUCUCUCUAUUAUGGACAAUUUCACUUGAUCUUGCAGAUACCGAAUUUCACAUAUUCCCACCUCGAUGGUACAGACAGCCCUUUAAUGAGGCCAAUAGCCCACGUUCAAUAUAUCAAAAUUCUAACGUGACUCCCAGGCUUCACGGACAAAAUUGCAAAUUUUUCACGAUUCCAUUGGCUUGCAAUUUCUAGAAGAGACUUGAGCACAAAGAAAGCCAAACCAAAUAUUAUAGAAAUAUGACCAGAAAGCCUCGGAGUCAUGUUAUAAUUUUAAUAUAUCGAACGUGGGCUUUUGAAUCGCCUUCCCUAGCUGGUCCUUUGGUGUCCAUAUUGAUGAUGUUCAAUUGUAUUGGAAUGUUCUUCUUAGUACUUUAUAUUAAAUACAGAGCCCAGAGUGCCAAGCCUUGUAUUCUGUUCUUUGAUGAGUUUGAUUCACUUGCACCUCGCCGUGGGCAUGACAGCACAGGGGUAACAGACAGAGUUGUCAAUCAACUUUUGACCCAGCUGGAUGGAGUUGAGGGACUGGAUGGAGUCUAUAUACUGGCUGCCACGAGUCGUCCAGAUUUGAUAGACCCUGCUCUUCUCAGACCAGGAAGACUGGACAAGUGUUUGUACUGUGGUAUACCAGAGAAGGUAAUUUUGUAAGAGGGACAAUAUAAACCGAAUUAAUACUGGUUGCCUCAAUACGGAGAGGUGACACAAGCCCUGCUGUUUUCUGUUUGCACGUCUGAUUUGGCAUUACAAUCAAGCCUCCAUGUGCCACCACCUAACGUAAGCGACCACCUCCCAUGAUAUAAGCGACCACACGUCCAAAUCACCAACAUUUUCCUUGUUGGUCUUAUUUCCUCAUAGCUGGAACCUCUCGUAAACGACAACCUCUCGCAAUAGGCCACUUGCACUAAGAGGUCACGUGACCAAUGCUUCCUUUAAACAAUGAGUUGGAAUCUUGCUGAUGCCAAAAAUUGAUGGAGCACAUAGAAAUUAUUUUACACCCGAAAAUUGAGAGGAAACGCAUUUAAGGGAGACAUUUUAUGGCACUUUUUUCAACAAAGUAGUAUGAUUUGUAUUGGCCGCUAUGUUGGAGGGCAUCUUGCCGUCCAACAUGGUGGCCAAAACUACUUUUUUCUUCUAUCUUGUUAAACAUUUGAUAGUUACGCUCAGAUGUGCUGAAAAUGUUUCCACAUCAUCUUUUCAACAAUUUCCCUGAAGUUUAAGUGCAAAAUUUGUGUUCAGAAAGAGGUAAUUCAUAGUUUUAAAAAUCACAAUUCGAAUGGCUAGCGACCACCACCCGUUGGUGACCACUGUUUGCGGGAACUUCGACUGUAUAUUCAUAUUAAAGUGAUUCAAAUUAAACUACCUACGCCUCAACAGUUAAAGGCUAAGUCUUAGUAGAAGGAAUUGUUUCAUAUUGUCCUUGCUAUUUUGGGAUGUGUUUCAAGUGUGUAUUCUAGAAUAAGAUUGAAAACUUCUAGUUCAAACCGAAGGCGAUUAUGCUUGUGCAAUAACAAGACAAUUGGGACAAGGGUUUCAAAAAGUGGAUAUUUUCAAUAACUUUGGGCUGAAUCUAGUUAUCCACUUUACAGUCAGAGAGACUUGAAAUCCUACGAGCCCUAUCAAGAUCUCUUCUCUUGGCCAAGGACACGAAGCUAGUUGAUAUUUCAGACAUGUGUGAAAACUUUACUGGAGCGGACUUGAAAGCCCUGUUGUACAAUGCCCAGUUGGCGGCAAUACACAGGAACACCAGCAACAGUCAACUGUAUAAAGGCCUGUUUAACCAGGGCAGUGAAAGAGGAGAUGAUGAAAACGACAGUUUGCAAAAUAAAGAUAGAAAAGAGAAGGUUGUUUACAUUCCUAACUUGGUAAAAGGUCCUGUACACGUCUCAUCAGACGAACUGACAAAGCUGUAUUCCGAGGUAAGUGAAAUAUCCGUUAGCCUGCGACAACAGCCGUCUCUUUUCGCCGCUAGGAACGUUUUGCCAACGCCCCUAGCGGGAAAAAGCGAGGAGAGACGGCUGUUUUCGCAGGCUAAAUAUCCGUGUUCAUAUUUUCUGAAUGAGAAAAUAAUCGGUGAAUAUUUCUGUUUUCGUUAUAAGAACAAAAAAAUGUAUGUAUGACCAUGCGGCAGGGUGAACAGGCUGGUUGCACAAAAUUUUGAUAAUUGAAGUCGGCUUGCAUUGAUAUUUGAAAGUUGAAUACAAUAAAUUUUGCCGGGUUGGCUAGUAGGACAUUUUACUCGCUUGCACAAACGUUCGAAGAAAAAAUUCAUGUCAAAAUGAAAUCUAUAGUCUUGCCUAGGGUGCUAACAUUUGAUUCGUUUCUAUUAGGUUAUGGUUAUCGAAGAACAUCUCCGACAGCGGAACGGGAGUGAUAAAAAGGUACAAGAAUAGAUUAUAAUAAAUGAUGGUGGUAAUUGAAAGCAAGAUCUCAGUGAGAGUGAUUAUCCCUCAUUAGGAUUCACUGAGUUCAACAUUAAUCAAUCAUACAGUUCCAGUCAGCACUUUCUGUGCUGGACUUUGUAAGGGUCACUGACUAAACAGUUUACGGUCGUUUCGCCAACCGUCAAGAAGCAAUUUGUUUAACCCCGCUCAUUAGCGAAAGGACUUACCGCGUUAGCGAAAUGACCAGUCACCAUCUUAAAGAAAGCGGGGCGAUCCAUUAUUCUUAUCGCACUUUUAAAUAUAUUGCUCUGCUCUUCCCUAACGAAAAGACGUUCUUUUAAAAUUGGUACCUCCUUAAAGCAAGUAUUCCUUGGCAACGAAUUAGAGGAAUAAAAAGUUUAAACUUUGUUUCUCUCCUCGUAGAUGUCAGCCACUGAAGUAUCAAAGCAACAACCAGCAGGUGGAAUAGAAAUCAGUCAGUCUGAUUUGCUACAAGCUGCGUCAUCUAUGAGCCCCUCCGUGUCCGACAGCGAAAGGCGCAAAUACCAGGCAAUGUAC